AUGACACUGGGUUUGAUCAAUGCCAAUCCCGUCGUUCACGCCAAAAAAGAGCGAAUCCCUCGUUCAGAAGAUCCUCACGCUCACACCGACGAUUCCCUCAAUGUUCUAUCUGAAGAAUCAAUUUCUGUUGAUGAUAAACUGGGGAGGAUUCUGAUAACUUUUACGCCAACUGUUCCACACUGUAGCAUGGUUACUGUGAUUGGUCUUUGUCUCAGAGUUAAGCUCAAGCAUUAUUUUCCUCCUCAUUUCAAAGUGGACAUCAAAGUGUCUCAAGGAUCUCAUGCCAAUGAAGAAUCAGUCAAUAAGCAAUUAAAUGAUAAAGAAAGAAUUGCUGCCGCUUUAGAGAAUCCAAACCUACGCCAGCUUGUGGAUGAGUGUCUCUACUCCAAUGAACUGUGA